UCAUCAGCAAGAGCUUCAGCGGCUGGGAGCAGAGAGUCAACGCCUGCAAGCAGAACUUCAGCAACGAGGAGCAGCGGGAGCACAGGGCGGAGCAGGACACUAUGAUCACAGACAACGAUAUCAAUGGAGCCUGGGGAGAGGGCGAAAAUGCAGAUCAGAUCGCAGACAUCGAACCCAAGAACACACAGUUCUACGCCGCGCUGCAGCAGCUUACGUCAAACGAACCGUUUGACUUGGUCAUGAAUUCGACGAAAGGUUGCAAGAGCAAAGGGAAAGGUCACGACAACAAAGGAGGCAAGGGCAAGUCCAAGGGCGACAAGGGCGGUAAGUUCAGGUCCAAGGGCGCGAUCAACACUGGUCCAGUAUGUUGGAACUGUGGCAUUACCGGUCAAG